GAGAGUUAUUGGAACGCCUGGUAGUUUUGACACUUUUUUGUUUCGUGGAAAGAGUGUCGAAAGCGGCAGCACUUUCAGUUUGUUUUGCUCAUGUUUGGAUUACGGUCAUCGUUAUAAGUUGGUUGAGUGUUAAAGAUGAAGCGAAUACCAGACAGGUGGCGAGACUACUCAACUUGUAACUGGACACCAAUUGAGGGCCAGAGGAUUAUUAUAUUCAAGACUCCUUUGUCAAAUAAAUAUAAUACAUCUGCUCCAGAAGAUAAUGGUAUAGAGGAGAAUGAAAGGUUCACACCAACCGAUUUAAUAGAGCAGCUUGCACAAAGGGAGAUGAAACUAGGCUUAGUGUUGGAUUUCACCUUUACCACUAGAUACUAUGACCCAAGGGAAUUCACAGCAGAAGGGAUAAUCUAUAAGAAGAUGAUGUGUGCUGGCCAUGUGAUCCCUAAGAAGAAGGAUAUUAAAAGAUUUGAAGACGAAGUCAAGAACUUUCUUGAAAAUGAUAAAACUGGGUCUCUUGUCGGCAUCCACUGCACUCAUGGUGUAAACAGGACUGGAUACAUGGUCUGUAGAUAUCUGAUUGACUGUUGUGGCUAUGAGCCAGAGAAGGCAAUUGAAGCCUUCAACCAAGCAAGAGGGCACCCAUUGGAGCGGGAAAACUACCUGGAAGAUCUUAAAAAACGACUCAAGGACAGUGAUCUUGGCAAUGAUGAAGAUGUUGAUGAUGACGAUAAUGAUAAGAAUGAUGAGCGGCAAAGAGACUUUCUACAAAGAGAUUCACGUUCCAGGAACUGGGACCGUGCACCACGAAGAUAUGACUGCAGUGAAAGAAAUACCAGGAAAUGGCGGGAGGACCAGGAUCAGUGGAACUCACACGGCUAUGACCAGUGGAACAUACCCAGAAGAUAUGACAACUAUUAUCAAGGACGGUCACAUCCAUAUGACACAAGGGACUCAAGAUUACACUCAAGGUCCUCAUAUAGUAACCACUACUACAAGGACUAUCCAAAUAGGGGUUCCCAUAGUAGGUAUGGCUCGUAUCAAGAGGACUGGAGGACAGAUUCGUGGAGGGAGUGGAAUUGUAGAAGUUAUGACAGGCCAGACGACAGGCAAGGGGAAGACUUAAAUAGGAGGUUAAGCAACAGGGAGAAGAGGCCUAAGUACGAUUAGUAGCCAGGGCACUUACAGAGCAACAAACGCUACCGUGGUCACCAUGACAUUUUUGUGAAGUAAGCCAAUUAGAAUGCGAGAAACGUGCUAUCUGAUACGACGCGCGCUACCGUGGCCACCUUGAUAUUUUUGUGAAGUAAGCCAAUUAGAAUGCGAGAAACGUGCUAUCUGAUUGAUAUGUGCUUCACUAGCCAAUAAGCAUGGCAAGGACUAGGCUCGGUUUGCAGUAGUGGUCACAUCGCGCGCUGCUCCUCCACUGACGGUGGGGGGAUGGGAGAGGAUCACAGGGGCACCAAAACUACCACUGCCGGAAACCGAGCCUAGGCAAUGCCAUGCUUCACUGUGUAUCAGAACAUCAAGUAAUGCUCCUAAUUAUUUGGCUCAUGUCAAUCAACACUGCGAUUCUCGCAUGCCGAUUGGCCAACUUCUACCAUCAAAAGUGUGAUUCUCGCAUGCUGAUUGGCCAACUUCUACCAUCAAAAGUGCGAUUCUUGCAUGCUGAUUGGCCAAUUUCUACAAUGAAAACUGUGAUUCUCGUAUGCUGAUUGGCCAACUUCUACCAUCAAAACUGUGAUUUUUGCAUGCUGAUUGGCUUAUCUAUUUUAAAACUUUGUUUUGUCUAGCCUGAGUAUCGAAUUGCCUGGUAUAUACUUCAUAGGGAAUGAUAAAUGGGCCUGACACUCGGGCUAUGUCUUGUUUAUUAGGCAAUGUUUUUUAAAAUGAUUUUUAUUCAGCUAUUAGCUAAGUUUGUUUUCUCUGUUUAUUGUUCUUGUUUUGUUAUGGUUUUAUCGCAUCAAACAUUUUUUCUUUCUUGUUUUUCCCUUGUAAAAACUGUUGAGAAGGUUCUGGGUUAUUCAGUAGAUAUCCCCUUCCCCCUCUCAUUAAUGCUGAACAUAUAUAUGACCACUGUGUUAGCAUUCCUUCACAAACAACAUUGCUUUAUGGGUCAAGGGCGUGUAACAUUUUACCUCGCGAAAAUGCGUCUCAACAGACUGCCCAGAAUUUUAGUUUAAAAAUUAAGUCAAUAAUCAUUAAAGCUUAAUUACUCUCAAAGCUUUUUGCACAAGGGGGUCGGCAUGAAAACUAUAUGUAUUUACAAUCUAAAAACAACAACUUGAAUAAAAAACAAAGCAUUAGCUUCCUAA